GCAACUUCAGCACAAGGAUAGGAGCCUCAGUAUUCCACAUCUGAUAUAAUCCUCUUUCAAGGAUUAGAUACAGAAAUGACAAAUAACAUAAUUUAAAUCUAAUUCUUUUAGUUUCACAUCUGUGUAAACAUCAUCCAGGGUUUGGAUGCAUCAUGGUGCACUGGAGGAAUUUGUAUAUUUGUGCAUUUGGAUGUGUGUUUUAUUUAUUCGUCUGUCUUUCGGAAACAAAAAAGCUACCGGUUGGAUUAAUAUCACCUGGAAACUCACAUAUUCAGAGUAACUCAGACUUUAAUUCCACAGCUCUUAAACACACGAGAGGACUGAAACACAUGCAGUACAACACCAACAGAACAAGAAUACAGAUUGAUUUAAGUGGGCCGAACGUGUGUGGAACGAGAUGCUGCUCUGGCUGGAUUGUUCAUCCCAAGACUAAAAAAUGCACAAAACCAAAGUGUUCUGCUCGUUGUUAUAACAGAUCUGGGUGCAGAAAGCGAAGCACGUGCCCGUGCCAUUUAGGUUUUCGGCAUUGUAAAGACAACCAAACCAUCUCUUCAUCUGAAAUUACACCCACACCUGUAGCUGUACCAGAAGCCACACCCACAUACAGAACCACACCCUCAGUGCCACUCACACCAGCCACAACAGACUCAAAAUCCAUAGAGAAAUAUUCUGUACGCUGGAAGCCUCUAAGUCUAAAAGAGGCCCAGGUGAUGCUGAUAAGAAAAGCUUUAAUCAGAGCAGUAGGAGGGAAUAAAAUUGCUAACAUCCUGCUAAAACACAUUGACGCAGAGAGAAACAGAUUACAGUCCUGCAACUCCACUGAAGAAAAGACCAGCACAAAGACCUUUUACACCCAACACGGCCAGUAUACGCUCAUAUACACUCCAGGUCAGUGUAUAUUCCUCAACAUCACAAACGAUCAACAAACAUAUCACCACAUGGCAUUCCACAGCCCCAUCAUGCAUAUUCACUUCAACAAACCAACAGCAUUAUUCUGAAAAGACAAGCAGACGCUUCCAAUAAACAUUUUCAAAACACCAACACCAUCUGAAGUAUACACUGUAUUCACCAACACUAGCAAUGUAUUUGCGUCCUCCAGAAGCAAUAUACUGUACACCAUCUUUGUGCAUUUUUCUA